AUGAAGAUUCUAACAGCUGAAGAAAUUGAAGGUCAAAGAUACUAUACCCUUAUGGGUGGUCUUAAAGGGUUCUUAAUGGGUGGUGCCAUUUCAUUUGCCGGUUACAAACUGUUACCAAGAAAAUUCCCUCAUCUCAACUUGAAAGCUUUGCCUUGGUCUAUCAAGACUGGUUUCUCAAUUGUCCCUCCUGUUGCAUUGACUGCCAUUAUGGCCGAAGAAGGUUCCAAUAAAUUCGAUCAGCUUACUUAUGGUUCUGGUACAGCAUCUGAGGACGCUAUAGAAGAUGCCAAGAGAUGGUCGAAUUUAUCAUUCAAGGAUAGGUGUUUGGAAUCAUUUAUGAAUAACAGAUACAAAAUCGUCGUUGGUGUUUGGGCUGCAUCCCUAUGGGGUUCUUGGGAGCUUAUCAACAGAGAUAAAAUCAUGACUGUUUCUCAAAAAGCUGUUCAAGCAAGAAUGUACGCUCAAUUCAUAUCUGUUAUUUUACUACUGGGUACAAUGAUGAUUUCUAUGUACGAUAAUAAAUUACGUCCAAAUCAACACGAAUUAAAUGAGAAGAAAAGAUGGGAAAGAGUUUUAAAAGUUGCUGAAGAAUCUGAAAAAGAGCAACGUGAAUUUUUAAACUGGUGCCAUGGUUUUGCUUCUAAUGCAGAAAGAAAAGAAGCUAAAAUCUUCAAGUACGAUUAG